CUUAAAGGUGUUAAUGCAGAACAUUUAAAAAUUCUGACUUUCUUUUAAUGUUGGCAGGUCUGGUCAUCACUACCACACAGUGAUUAUGAAUCCACUACCAUAUCAAUUCAGCAAUAAAUGCUCUGAAUAUUCCUGUCAUCUUUGAAUUGAAGAAGAGUUUCCAGAAGUGCAGGACAAACUUCAAGUGUGUCAACAAUUUCUGACGUACUACUGCAAAGAUGGAUUUUAUUAAAGAGGAGCGAGAGGACAUGGGUUAUCCAGAACCACGCAUAGAGAAAAAUGAAGAAACUGAGGAACAAAUAGGCCUGAUGGAAGUCAAAAUGGAAAGUCAAGUAUGGAAUGGUGUGGAGGAGAAACAUUGGUAUCAGGAACCUAGGACAUCCAUAACUGAAGAAAAAUCAGUUAGUUGCUCACAGACUGAAAAUAAUUCCUCACAACAAACAAGUCAAAGGACAAGAACCACAAAUUCUUUCACAUGUCCUCAGUGUGGAAAGAGUUUUGGACAAAAAGGACACCUUACCAGUCAUGUGAGAAUUCACACUGGAGAGAAACCUUUCACAUGUCCUCAGUGUGGAAAGAGUUUCUCACAGAAAGAAAACCUUAAAAGGCACAUGGGAGUUCACACUGGAGAGAAUCCUUUCACAUGUCCUCAGUGUGGAAAGGGUUUCACACGUAAAUUUAUCCUAAAGGAACACAUAAGAAUACACACUGGAGAGAAUCCUUUCACAUGUCCUCAGUGUGGAAAGAGUUUCAGACAAAAAAAAACCCUUAAUGUCCACAUAAGAGUUCACACUGGAGAGAGGCCUUUCACAUGCCAUCACUGUGGACAGACAUUCAAAUAUUUAAAUAAUCUUCAAUGUCAUAUUCUCUCUCAGCACACUGGAGCAAAGUCAUUUAACUGUGAUCAGUGCAAUGAAAGUUUUAACUUGGAAUCAAACCUGAAGAAACACCUGAAAAUUCACAAAGACCCCCAUUUGUGCUCUUUUUGUGGAGAGAGUUUUUCAUGCCCGCACCGUUUCAAAAAUCACCAGAAAAUUCAUACUAGUGGGAAAGCUCAUGUGUGCCCUGAGUGUGGCGAUGCCUUUGCAGGAGCCGGCAACUUCAAGAUGCACCAAAGAAUCCAUAUUCAAGAAAAACCUUAUAAGAGUUUACAAAUUGUAUAGAGUUUCACUCAUUCAGGAGUAUUGAAAAUAGUAUUCUCUCCAGCCUUCUGUAGAGUUUCACCACAUCAAGUACCCAAUCAACUCAUUUUAAAAAAGCAUUGUGGAAAAAUGUCUUCAUAAGCUCCUCUUCGGGUUUAUUUUUAGGUCCAAUGCUUUAAACGGGGAAUUUCAGGUAUACCUAAAGAUAAAUGAACUUGCUCUUUUGGUAGAAAUUCUAGUUUUUAUGAAUCAUUUCUUUAAUGAUGGGAAGUAGUAGUAAUAGAAAUAUAUAUUAUUGCAAUGUCUCCUUUCAGUUUAAUUUCUGUUUCAUGUUGUUCACUGUUGAUAGAUGCUGAUGAAUUUGAGAAUGGAACAGACUAAUCUUACUGUGUUGAUGAAACAAAAAUACAUGGAUAUGAAUUUUGGUUAUUCUAGUAUUCCUUUUAAAUUUUGCUUUAAUUGGGCAUGUCUUUUAUUGUAUCACGGAAUUAUCAGGGAAUUUCAAAAUUGCAAUAAAUUGUUAAAAGUCAUGAAAAUUUCCAUUGUGAAUGUAAACUGCUCAGCCAUUUUUUUUUCUUUUCUUUUUGGAGGCACAAAUAAGUGUAAUUGUAUUAUCAAGUAAACUGUAUAAUAUGUGUAAUCUCUUAAUUCCAAGGAUUGGUGGGCUACUUGGCAUGGAAUUCCUCCCCAACAAUCUCAAUAAAAUUCAUUUAAAAACCUUUAGUUUUAGUUUUUUAACAGCUAGAAAAGUUCAAAAGUGUGGAAACCCCAUUUCCAAGGUCACUACAACGUACUUGAUAGAUUGCUGAUUGCAGAAAUGCACUGAGAAAAGAAGAUUCUACACUGAAAUCACUCAGAGACUAUUAUCUAUGACCAUGUACACAAUGCAAUUGAAUAUGUUUGACACUCUCCUUUUUAGUGCUUAAUUCUCUCAUGUGCACAGUUCAGUAAUUUGGUGUAAAAUGGUGUAACAACCACUUUUAACAACCAAAUUAACUCCCCAAAAAUGCAGGGGGUUGCACAACAUUUUCAUAAAUUCCAUGUUGUGUGUACAGACUCUUUUUCUCUGCAGAAAUUUGGGAGUGACAACCGCAUUAAAUGUGGAAGUAAAUCCUCUAAAUUUGAAUUUUGAGUGUGUACAGAAUACAGGAUUUUCUCCUGAAAUUGUGGUGAUUGACGAGAGAUAACGAUUGCAAUGCUUCACCAUCUCAUGCCUGUGAACAAGAAACAUGGAUACCAUCAGAUAGCAUUUUGUGUUUAUUUACCAAAGAAAUGUAGAAUUGAGUGAGAAGAUAAUUGAGGUCCGGAGACAGAAAGUGGCAAGUUCAAGCAAUUUACCCCAUUAAAUUGUGAGCUGUUGUUUGUCAGAUUUGAGGAGAGUGAAGAUCAACGCUUAGUCUGCCUGGUCCUCAGUGGCUGUAGCUCACAUCACUAUCUGCCAAGCGACCAACAACAUUUAGUCUGUCUAACUCCCUGUUACCGCCAAUGACCAGUCCCCAGCCCUCUGGGGUUGUCCAGUGUUUGUGUUUGUAUUCCUGUCCAAACAUCUGCUGCUAUCAGAGGAAUUUAGAACAGAUUGGGACAUUUAAAAAGUCUAUUGUACCUUUAAAGGAAAAUAACUUUAAUUUUGAAUCGCCUUACGGUUUGUUAUUGUGACAUCAUAAAGCGG